AUGGCAAACUUCUACUUCGUUUUGCUUCACAUUUCUCUAACCUUUGUGUUGACACAAUCAGCACCAAGAAAGUCUCUAAUAACCAAACUUCCAGGCUUCAAUGGCUCUCUACCUUCCAAGCACUAUGCAGGGUAUGUGACAGUGGAUGAACAUCAUGGUAAAAACUUGUAUUACUAUUUUGUUGAAUCAGAAGGUAAUUCAUCAAAGGACCCUGUGGUUCUAUGGCUUAACGGUGGACCAGGAUGUUCUAGUUUUGAUGGCUUUGUAUAUGAGCAUGGUCCUUUUAAUUUUGAAAAACCUGUCACCAAGGAAGCUCUACCUAAGUUGCAUGUCAAUCCAUAUAGCUGGUCAAAGGUUUCCAAUGUUAUAUAUUUGGACUCUCCUGUUGGAGUAGGAUUUUCAUACUCAAAAAAUGUAUCUGAUUACAACACUGGAGAUGCUAAAACUGCCUCUGAUACACAUACUUUUCUCCUUAGAUGGUUUGAAUUAUACCCUGAGUUCCUUGCCAAUCCAUUAUUCAUUGCUGGAGAGUCUUAUGCUGGAGUUUAUGUGCCUACUCUUGCUGAUAAAAUAGUGCAAGGAAUUGAAGCUGAAACCAAACCCAAGUUGAAUUUCAAGGGAUAUUUGGUUGGAAAUCCAGUUGCUGAUGAAAUAUUUGAUGGCAAUGCUCUUGUUCCUUUUGCACACGGGAUGGGUCUUAUCUCCGAUGAAACAUUUGAGGUAAAAUUAAGAUAUUUAACGGACACAACAAAAGAAUGCAACGGAACUUUUUAUGAAACAUCCAGCGUUAAAUGCGAGAAUUUGUUGAAUAAAAUUGAACAGGUAAUACAAAAUAUAGACAUAUAUAACAUUUUGGAACCAUGUUAUCACAAUGGAGGGGAAGAGGAAAACAAAAAAUCAGAUUCUAAGUUGCCAUUAAGCUUUAGGCAAUUGGGUAAGACUGAAAAAUCUUUGCCUGUGAGGAAAAGAAUGUUUGGUCGUGCUUGGCCCUAUAAAGCUAUUGUGAGAGAUGGUUAUGUACCAAGUUGGCCACAGCUUACAAGCAAUAGUAAUAGUGGUCCUCCUUGUGUUGACGAUGAGGUUGCUAAUGUAUGGCUGAACAAUCAUAAGGUCAGGAAAGCUAUUCACACUGUGAAGAAAAAUGUGAUCCCCAGGUGGAACUUAUGUACUGGUCAACUUAAAUACAUUCAUGAUCUUGGGAGUAUGAUUCCAUACCACAAGAAACUUACUUCCAAAGGAUAUAGAGCAUUAAUAUACAGUGGUGAUCAUGACAUGUGUGUCCCAUUUACUGGAACCGAAGCAUGGACAAGAUCAAUUGGAUAUAAAAUUGUUGAUGAAUGGAGGUCUUGGUCAGUCAAUGAUCAAGUUGCUGGGUUUAUACAAGGCUAUGCCAACAAUUUCACAUUUCUGACCGUAAAGGGGUCUGGGCAUACUGUUCCAGAAUAUAAACCACAGGAAUCAUUGUAUUUUUACCAACAUUUUAUAAAUGGGCUGCCUAUAUAA